AGUGACGUCGACAAGCUAGCUCAGCAGCAGCCACCGAUGCUACUCCAGCGUCGCGAAUUGACAACAAUUUCUCGAUAAAGUCAUCUUUUUGUGGGACAACAAUCAUGGUUUCUCACUCCUUCGCCUUGCCGAUGAUCUGCUUUACCACGCUGUGGGCGCUGGUGGGGGUCGUGGCUCCCUUUUUAGUGCCAAAAGGGCCGAAUCGAGGCGUCAUCGUCACCAGUUUGAUCCUCACCGCCAUCUGCUGCUACCUGUUCUGGUUGAUAGCCAUCCUCGCUCAGAUCAACCCUCUGUUUGGCCCUCAGCUGAAGAAUGAAACCAUUUGGUACCUGCGCUACUUCUGGGAGUAGACCAGUGAUCUGUCAUCUUCUCCCUCAUUUCAACCUCGACUUCAACGUAACUCCCAACACACACACACACACAAAGUGGAGCUAUGCGUGUAAAAUGAAGACUAAUGUACAGUUGAUGGUGUUUAGUCAGUGGAAUAGUGUAAAAUGUGCAAUGCUACAGUAGUUUCAUGUUUCUACUUGAAUAAGGAAGGAGUAUUUAUUGUCUGUGUAUUUAUUUGGGCCUGUAAUGCUCUCAGUGUCCACAUGGUGGUGUUACUUAACUGAUGUGUAUGAGGAGCCUAGCCCCUUCCCUCGUUACCAUGGUGAUCUUCCCCCUUGUUUGAAAACCUUGCUUACACUUCAUUUGGACGCGUGUCAGUAAUAAUUUCAUUAAGUAAUAAUUGGUAUUGUGGAGACCUCGAUAUUUAUUUAAGACGCAGUAAAGGAGUCGGUAACCCAGAGUCCUGGAGCGACCCGGCUCCAUUCAGCACUAGCUGCGAGCCACUACCACAACAGCUCCCCUUCGCCCCGCUCUUUUUCUUUUCCUCCUUGAAUCCACUAUGCUUCAGCCAAAAAGAAUGAAAAUCAAAAUACAGCUACUUUUUACAAAGACCAAAUUACGUUGUACCUUCUCUGUCCAGUUGUGGUACUGGCCUGCACCCGGGAACGCCUGGACCGGGGUCCUCCUUUUGUCUGCACCUUUUGUUCAAAUGAUGGACGUCGUUCAAGCUUUGUCGCGUCUGAGAGCGACCAAUGUUUGUCCGCCAAUGGAAAAUCAAAGGAAGGCUGCCCAAAAAGUGCAAUUGUCAGUUUGGACUAGGGCUGGGCGAUACGGCCUUUUUUUAAUAUCUCAAUAUUUUUAGGCCAUGUCACGAUACACGAUAUGUAUCUCCAUAUUUUGCCUUAGCCUUGAAUGAACACUUGACGCAUAUAAUCACAGCAGUAUGAUGAUUCUAUGCGUCUAAAUUAGAGAUGUCCGAUAAUAUCGGUUUGCCGAUAUGCCGAUAUUAUCGGCCGAUAUAUGCGUUAAAAUGUAAUAUCGGAAAUUAUCGGUAUCGGUUUUUUUAUUAUCGGUAUCUGGUUUUUUUUUGGUUUUUUUUGGUUUUUUAAUUAAAUCCACAUAAAAAACACAAGAUACACUUACAAUUAGUGCACCAACCCAAAAAACCUCCCUCCCCCAUUUACACUCAUUCACACAAAAGGGUUGUUUCUUUCUGUUAUUAAUAUUCUGGUUCCUACAUUAUAUAUCAAUAUAUAUCAAUACAGUCUGCAAGGGAUACAGUCCGUAAGCACACAUGAUUGUGCGUGCUGCUGGUCUACUAAUAGUACUAACCUUUAACAGUUAAUUUUACUAAUUUUCAUUCAUUACUAGUUUCUAUGUAACUGUUUUUAAAUUGUUGUACUUUCUUUUUUAUUCAAGAAAAUGUUUUUAAUUUAUUUAUCUUAUUUUACUAAUUUUUUUAAAAAGUACCUUAUCUUCACCAUACCUGGUUGUCCAAAUUAGGCAUAAUAAUGUGUUAAUUCCACGACUGCAUAUAUCGGUUGAUAUCGAUAUAGGUUGAUAUCGGUAUCGGUAAUUAAAGAGGAGGACAAUAUCGGAAUAUCGGAUAUCGGCAAAAAGCCAUUAUCGGACAUCCCUAGUCUACAUUAAAACAUUCUUCUUCAUACUGCAUUAAUAUAUGCUACUUUUAAACUUUCAUGCAGAGAGGGAAAUCACAACUAAGUCAAUUUAGCAAAAGUGUAUUUAUGAAACAGUUAUUAAGCAGUGGCACAAACAUUCAUGUCAUUUCCAAAACAGAAAGUGCAAGAUUGUCGGAGACAUUUUAAAACAAGCUAUUAGUGCACUUUUGUGCAUGAUGUCACUAAGAUGACACAUCAAAAACAACACUAAAUUAAAGUGCACUUUUUGUACAGAACGCCACUACAAUAGUUAAAAACAAAUAAAGUGCAUGAUGUCACACAAGAUAUUUCAAUAACUGUCAAAUAAAAAUGAGCUGCAUAAUAGGAAAUCAAAUAUUGUAUGUCCUUCACUAUGUGGUAGGUUCUUGCGGACGUUAUCUCCUUCUGUUGUUGACUAUUUUUUUCAUACGGUGUUGAUGUAGAAAUGGUUGCCUCGGCAUUUUGUUGGUGUGGCACCGAACGGAGACAUUGACAUGCGGAGUUUCAAGCACUCUUCAUUCUCUAGCGGGUGACUUUUCAAAUGAUGCUACAUAUUAGCAGUAAUGCUACUUUUUGUAGCAACGCUUUUAGCCCCACACUUGACAAAAUACGGUUGUCCGUUCGACAUCUUCCCGCUUGAAGCCAAACCACCGCCAGACGAUGGACCUCCUGCUGUUUUUCUUGGGAAUUAAUUUUUCCUUCAUUUGUUACCUUUAAUUGAUUGAUUGAAACUUUUAUUAGUAGAUUGCACAGUACAGUCCAUAUUCCGUGCAAUUGACCACUAAAUGGUAACACCUGAAUAAAUUUUCCACAUAAAUCAAUUCAUGGUAAACCUUCUUUCUCUCGUAUUACCACUCACACCACAGCUAACGUUACCCAUGCCGCUACCUCUCUGCUCCACGAGGGCGUAUACGUAUGUGACGUAUGUAAGAAGGUGCGCUUGUUUUAUGUCUCUGUGAGAAGGAGGGACAAGAAAGAGUGAGAAGGGCAUGUAGUGUAAUGCCCGCAGCUAAAAGCAACUGCGUGAGAACGUAUACUCCAAUAUCACGAUAUAGUCAUUUUCUAUAUCGCACAGAGACAAACCCGCCAUAUAUCGAGUAUAUCGAUAUAUCGCCCAGCCCUAGUUUGGACUAUCUAGACCAGGGGUCACCAACCUUUUUGAAACCAAGAGCUACUUCUUGGGUACUGAUUAAUGCGAAGGGCUACCAGUUUGAUACACACUUAAAUAAAUUGCCAGAAAUAGCCAAUUUGCUCAAUUUACCUUUAACUCUAUGUUAUUAUUAAUAAUUAAUGAUAUUUACACUUAAUUAAACGGUUUAAAAGAAGAAAAAACACGAAAAAAUGACAAUUGAAUUUUGAAACAUAGUUUAUCUUCAAUUUCGACUCUUUAAAAUUCAAAAUUCAACCGAAAAAAAGAAGAGAAAAACUAGCUAAUUCGAAUCUUUUUGAAAAAAUUAAAAAAAUAAUUUAUGGAACAUCAUUAGUAAUUUUUCCUGAUUAAGAUUAAUUUUAGAAUUUUGAUGACAUGUUUUAAAUAGGUUAAAAUCCAAUCUGCACUUUGUUAGAAUAUAUAACAAAUUGGACCAAGCUAUAUUUCUAACAAAGACAAAUCAUUAUUUCUUCUAGAUUUUCCAGAACAAAAUUUUUAAAAGAAAUUCAAAACACUUUGAAAUAAGAUUUAAAUUUGAUUCUACAGAUUUUCUAGAUUUGCCAGAAUAAUUUUUUUGAAUUUUAAUCAUAAUAAGUUUGAAGAAAUAUUUCACAAAUAUUCUUUGUCGAAAAAACAGAAGCUAAAAUGAAGAAUUAAAUUAAAAUGUAUUUAUUAUUCUUUACAAUUAAAAAAAAAUUACUUGAACAUUGAUUUAAAUUGUCAGGAAAGAAGAGGAAGGAAUUUAAAAGGUAAAAAUGUGUAUGUGUUUAAAAAUCCUAAAAUCAUUUUUAAGGUUGUAUUUUUUCUUUAAAAUUGUCUUUCUGAAAGUUAUAAGAAGCAAAGUAAAAAAAAUAAUGAAUUUAUCUAAACAAGUGAAGACCAAGUCUUUAAAAUAUUUUCUUGGAUUUUGAAAUUCUAUUUGAGUUUUGUCUCUCUUAGAAUUAAAAAUGUCGGGCAAAAAGAGACCAGCUUGCUAGUAAAUAAAUACAAUUUAAAAAAUAGAGGCAGCUCACUGGUAAGUGCUGCUAUUUGAGCUAUUUUUAGAACAGGCCAGCGGGCUACUCAUCUGGUCCUUACGGGCUACCUGGUGCCCGCGGGCACCGCGUUGGUGACCCCUGAUCUAGACCUUCCCAGAUGACUGAGUUCUAAGACUGUCUCAAUAAAGAGAGGUGAGUAGAGUUAAAGUUGAACAAGUUUACUCUGCAAAAAAAAAAAAAAAGCAGUAAGUACAAACAAUAGCAAUACCAGCGCCGGAGAGAGGACCGAGCAAAUAUGUAAAAUGGUCGCCCUCCUCGCAUGCUUUUGUCCACCGAGACUGCCAACCUUGGCGAGGAUCAAAACUGAAAGUUAACCAUUUUGCAGGGAAUAGUCCCCCCAGAGUCUUUUCUUGUCUAAAUCGGAGUGUCCAAACUUUUUCCACUGAGAGUUGCAAAAAAACAACAACAUUGCAACUUUUUCGCCCGUUUGCUCUUUUAUUGCACUUUUUUACAUUUUUGUUUCAUUAUUGAUAGUUUUCCGCUUAUCCGAAAUCGGGUCGCGGGGGCAGCAGCCUAAGCAUGGAAGCCCUGACCUCCCUCCCCUCCAGCUACUUUGUCCAGCUCUUCUCAGGGGAUCCCGUGGCGUUCCCAGGCCAGCUGGGAGUCCUGGGUCUUCCCCGUGGUC